AUGUUGCUACCAAAGUACAAAGAUAUUCCGAAUCGGUUGCCGGUUCGAGACGAUGAACCAGCGGGCACAGACUGGUUCGGAGAUGAUCGUGAAUCGUUGAGCGAUUUGGCAAAAUUCUACAACAGUGCACAGUUCAGCGAUGUCAAUUUGAAGGUCGGAGAGGAAAGCUACCCCGCCCACCGUCUGAUCCUCUCGAAAAGCAGCGACGUCUUCGACAGAAUGCUCAGUCAACGCUGGAAUGGCGAUAAGGUAGAUCUGGAAUUGGUUGAGGACUCAAUGUGUCAAACGGCCUUCUCCUCAUUCCUCCGAUUCCUCUACUGUAAUCAUGUUGUCCUGCAUAGAGACAACUGUUUGCCAUUGCUGGUGUUAGCAGAUAAGUAUAAUGUGACCACUCUGAAAAAAGUCUGCCUAGACUUUGCCCAAUCCGAGAUUCUCCCAGUCAUCGAUCUCAAAGAAAUCUUCUCCGUUUGGUUCUCCUACGCCACCAAAGCCUAUCAUCCCAGUUUGAUUAAGUCAUGCAUGGAAGCGAUUUCCUUAGAUUUUGAGACGCUGUUAAACGAUGAAUGGGAAAAGGAUUGGCAGGAAUUACAUAGAGAUCAAAUGGUGGAGAUUCUGAAGUGCAACGAGUUACAGUUGUCGAACGAGUUCAAGCUCUGGGAGUCGCUUCUGAAAUGGAUUCAAGCCCCCAACCACUCGGAACGUCGUGGCAACACCGCCGGUCCUCUGAUGGCUCUCCUCCUCCCACUCAUCAGAUUCCCCUAUAUGACUGCUGAUGAAUUGAGUCAAGUGGAGAAGUCGUCGGUGUCUGAGAUGAAUCCAAAACUGUUCCAGCCACCACUUCUCCUGGCUUACAAGUUCCAAGCAUUGCCACUGUCUAGUCGGAUGAAUGCGAAAGACUUCUCCAAGAAACAAUUUCUGCUCCGGAAAUAUCGAGACAUUCGCUGGGAUCGGAGAAUCAAUGUUUCCAAGUCACUGCUGUCACUUCCAUGUGUAGAUCACGCCUUCACGUUCGACACUCGCUCUUCAACCUACCCCAACUCUGAAUGGAAAUGGACACUCAAGCUUACAGGCCUCUCCGUCCCGAAUCCUGUCAAAAAAGAUGUUCUCCGUAUUCUCCUGAUUGCCGAGGCAAUGGACCAGCCUCGAUCGAUCGAAUACCUUCUCCAAAUAGUCGACGACAAGAAGGUUCUAUUCUCGACGUCCGGGAAGAAGUCUUUUACGAAAACGAGAUACUACUCCGAACUUGACAUGGAGAAAAAGAUUGAAUUCGAUGAGUUGCUCAACGAUGAAUCCUUAUAUUCCUGUAACCGCGAGUUCAUUUUCCAAGUGCUCCUGAGACCGAUUGACUAA